GCAGCGUCACCGUCUCCAUAGCAACGGGUGAAGGUGCGGUAGUGCGAGGAGCGGCCGCCAGGUGACAGUAUAAGCGGUGUACCCGAUCAGCUGUUCACCAAACAAUAACAAGAAAAAGAAAGUGGAAAGUCUAUGACCUGAGAAUUGGUUCAGUCAAGAAUUUUAGCUCAUGUCGCUUCGGCCCCAGGUUAUACAACUAUAUAAAAAUAUGCUGUAUCUUGGACGAGAAUAUCCCCUGGGAUAUGACUACUUCAGGGAAAAGCUGAAGAAGGCUUUCCUCAAGAACAAGGAUGUAACUGACCCAGAGCAACUGAAGAUAAUGAUCGGACGAGGAGAGUUUGUGAUCAAGGAAAUCGAGGCAUUAUACAUGCUACGGUUUGGCGGGUGCAUGGAAUCACUUUUGGGUCUUUGUUUGGAGGACGGGCUGCUUUAGAGCAUUCAGUCUGGAAGCAAGACAUGGGGUGACCAAGACAGGCGGGUGUCAGAGGCUCAAACCAAGACUUUUGCAGCGUCUUUAUUCUCAAAGAGACAACACGCCAUCAGGCAAGUUAUUUCUCUUGCAUUUUAGGGCCUUGUAAUUCUGUCGCCCUCUUUUAUCAUCUUCCUUGCAAUUAGCUGGUUUGUACGAAUAAAAUGAACAAUUUACUAUAA